AAAUAGCUUGCAUGUAAUAAGAGUUUUUAAUGAUAAUGGCAUGAUUAUAUAUAAAUGCCUUUCUUAUGCCUCUCAUGUUCCAUCGUUGCUCUUCAAUCUUGUUCAUAUUCUUUCCAAAGUGACAGUUUUUUAUAUCUCAAUUAACCUUGUUUUUCUUGAGCAGCUAGAAGAAGACCUAAAGGCACUUCUUAUAUGGGUUUUUAAUAAUGGUAUCAGUCAUUCUGAACAGGCUAACAUAUCCGACAUUUUUCCCUAUGUGCAAGAUGCUCUUGAUGGAAUCGAGUUUGCAAGAGGAAGUCCCACUUCAAGGUGGGGUUCCGUUAGAGCUUCUAUGGGACAUCCUACUCCUCUUGACCUUAGAUAUGUUACUGUCGGAAAUGAAGACUGCAAAAAUAAAGUAAUACCUAUCUACAAAGGAAGUUAUCAUCACUUUUAUGAUGCAAUCAGGAAUGCCUACCCAGACAUCCAAAUCAUUUCAAACUGCGAUGCUUCUUAUAAAGCAUUAGAUCAUCCGACUGAUUUACAUGACUAUCCUGUAAGAUAUAACAUUCAACAGUUUAAACAGUUUAAGGGUUAG